AUGGGCCUUUUUUCACCAUCCGGAGUAGUCACCUACGUCCGCAGUGCUGCGUUCCGUCGGUUUCUUCCCGAUUGGGCCAUUGCUUUUGCUCUCAUCGCCUACUUUUUCAUCAUAGCUGAACAUGCCCGGCCGUUCGAACGCCAGUUUUCUCUUAGCGACUUGUCCAUCUCACAUCCUUUUGCUGUUGUCGAACGCGUUACUGGAGUCAAUUGCAUCUUGAUCUCGUCUUUGGUCCCCGUUUUCGUCAUUGUCGUAUUCCUGGCCGCGAAAUUCAACUAUUCGCAAGCCAACAAUAAGCAUGCUGCUCUACACUCCUUGAUGCUUGCUGGUUUGGGGCUCGUGGUUUCACUCAGUAUCAAUGGCGUGGUGACCGACAUAUUGAAGAAUUGGAUCAGCAGACCCAGACCUGACUUCUUAGCUCGGUGUGGGGCAAAACCUGGCACUCCUGUCGGCAAACUCGUGGACGUCUCAGUGUGUACUGCUCCUUUGGGAAUAACCAUCUUGACAGACGGAAUGAGAUCCACACCUUCGGGCCAUUCCUCUAUCAGUUUCUCUGGCUUGACGUUCUUGACUCUCUGGCUUAUUGGACAGCUCAAGGUGUUGAAGUCUGGCGCUCCUCAGCCUCUCUACAAGAUCCUACUUUCGGGUACUCCUAUUCUUUUAGCCUCUUACAUAGCCUUGAGUAGAACUCAGGAUUAUAGACACCACUUCCUUGACAUUAUAUUAGGUGGCACAAUCGGUAACUUCUUUGCCUUCUACGCCUACCACCGCUACUUUAACAAGGUCUGGUCCGAUGACUCUGAAAAGCCAUUGGACGACGAGACUAGUGAUCUUUUACCUCGCUAGUGAUAGUACAAUAUGUUUUGAAAAUGAAUAGAAAAUAUACAAAC